AUGUUGAGUCCCAUCAACCACACCGACGCCCAGCCACACCGACGCUCAACCACACCGACGCCCAACCACACCGACGCCCAGCCACACCGACGCCCAGCCACACCGACGCCCAGCCACACCGACGCCCAGCCACACCGACGCCCAGCCACACCGACGCUCAACCACACCGACGCCCAGCCACACCGACGCCCAGCCACACCGACGCCCAGCCACACCGACGCCCAGCCACACCGACGCCCAGCCACACCGACGCUCAGCCACACCGACGCUCAACCACACCGACGCCCAGCCACACCGACGCCCAGCCACACCGACGCCCAGCCACACCGACGCCCAGCCACACCGACGCCCAGCCACACCGACGCCCAGCCACACCGACGCCCAGCCACACCGACGCCCAGCCACACCGACGCUCAGCCACACCGACGCCCAGCCACACCGACGCCCCACACCGACGCCCAGCCACACCGACGCCCAGCCACACCGACGCCCACCACACCGCGCCCAGCCACACCGACGCCCAGCCACACCGACGCCACACCGACGCCCAGCCACACCGACGCCCAGCCACACCGACGCCCAGCCACACCGACGCCCAGCCACACAGACGCCCAGCCACACAGACGCCCAGCCACACCGACGCCCAGCCACACAGACGCCCAGCCACACCAUUCAAGUUCAAUCAGGAACGUAAGGUAG